GAGAGAUUUUGUUUCUGAUUUGAGUCGGGAGGACCAAUCCGGGGGCCGCCCUGUUUUUACGGUGCUGUCAGAUUGCAACCUUCUCCUGCUCCGGCUAAUCUCCCUAGCCUUCUUUGGUGUUGGCACAGCAGGCUGCCUUUAACACACACAAUGUGCUGGCGGUUCAGUGCUGAAACCUGUUCCAGUGCGGGUGUUUAAAAUGAGAUGGUGGCUGCUUUCCCUUCUGUUUGACAGCUGAUUUUUUUCUCCACGUUUUCAUGAUCAGCACUGGGAGAUCCAGGAAAUUGUCACCACUGGCAUAUUUUUGUUUAAACUGCCGUCAGUGGACGUUUCUCCUGCUGCUGCAGCAUCAUUGUCCUGUUCACAGAUAUUAAGACUUAAGAAGCUUGAUUCUCUAAGGCUCAUAUCCAAGGGCAUCAGUCAUUAACAUACUGAGCUACAUCUGCUUCUUGGCUAAGACUGAAGAAAGACAUCUUAAGCUGGAAAUCCUGCUCGCUCACUCUCUAGCGCACGCAGAACGGGAAGCAUAUGCAGCAGCAGGUUCUUUUUUUAUUCCAAAAGGCUGCCUCACUUUGGAGAUGCAGUGACAAGAUAAUGGAGUAAAAGUCUCCCAUUUCCAGGGAAGAAAAUUACAGGAGUCAGCCAGUGAAAGGAAGGAGCAAGUUAAAUAGCAGCGGGAAUAGGAGAGUAAAGGAAGGAGGAGGACAGUGGUGAAGAACUGAAAAUAAAAUUAGAGGAAACAGGUGGAAGGCUGACACAAAGCUGGGAGAUAUUUUGGGCUGCAAGUGUCUUUUUUUUUUCUUUUGCCUUUUCUUUUUUUCUUUUUUUAUUCUAACCUGGUAUUGAAGAUCCCUGCCAUAAACCAGGCUGCUUCAGCAUAGCAGCUUCCCAGACGUGUCCUUUUCUCUCUCCCUGCCUGCUGUUUCUACUAUUGCUGCUGCUGACAGAAACGUGUUAGGAAAGCAGAAAGAGAAAAUGCCAGCCAUCCUGGUAGCCUCCAAAAUGAAAUCGGGACUACCUAAACCCAUACACAGCGCUGCUCCAAUCCUGCAUGUCCCAACGGCAAGGACCAUCCCACAACCCUGUUACCUGAAGUUUGGGAACAAGGUGGAGGUGACCAAGCCAUCGUAUUCCAGCCAGAUUCCUCUCAAAUCUCCUAACGGACAAGAAAAUGUAGGAGACGGACUCCCACCAAGGAAGAGUUGCUCAGUAGAAAAUGGAUUUGACACACAGAUUUAUACUGACUGGGCUAAUCACUACCUAGCAAAAUCUGGCCACAAGAGGUUAAUAAAGGAUCUACAGCAAGAUGUGACCGAUGGCGUCUUAUUAGCUGAAAUAAUCCAGGUUGUAGCAAAUGAAAAGAUUGAAGACAUCAAUGGCUGCCCAAAAAAUAGAUCUCAAAUGAUUGAAAACAUAGAUGCAUGCCUGAGUUUCUUGGCUGCUAAAGGAAUUAACAUACAGGGGCUGUCAGCAGAAGAAAUCAGAAAUGGGAAUCUAAAGGCCAUCUUGGGCCUUUUCUUCAGUUUGUCUCGAUACAAGCAACAGCAACAGCAGCCACAGAAACAGCAGCCACAGCACCAUCCAUCCCAGCAGCCUCCCACAGUACCCCAGCAAGCAGGGCCUCCAGCUCAGUGCCAGGUCGGGCUACAGCAGCAGCAGGUGCCAGCUUCACUCCCAGCACAGUGCCAACAGCCCCAGCAAGCUGCACAGCAUCAGUUAAAAGCACAACCAGAAAUGCAGUCAAGUGCAUCUCCCAGGGACUCAUCUCAAAGCAAAAUCAUCCGAUUCACUCUUGGUCAGAAAAGGUCUUCUAGACUUCCAGGCCCUACCACGAGGGUGUCCACUGCAGGCAGUGAGGCCAAAACUCGUGGUUCUAUUAGUGCCAACAAUCGACGCAGCCAGAGCUUCAACAAUUAUGACAAAUCGAAGCCUGGAAUUCCCCCUUCAACACCAACAAGUAGCAACGAGAAAGAGUCUGCAGACAGUACAGCCUCCCAGCCCACAGGAAUGAAUGAAAAUGUAUCAUCUUCAGUUCAAAGCUGCAGCAGUCCUCUUGGUUGCAAUAACUCGUCAGCCAUCCCUCAGCCCAGCUCUGCUAUUAAACCUUGGCGCAGCAAAUCCCUCAGUGCUAAGCACACAGCUACGUCUUCCAUGUUAUCCGUAAAGCAGCCAGUAUCAGAGCCUCCAAAGCCACCUUCGGAAAUGGUCAAAACGGUUCCCAAUGGUCAAAAAUCCAUGCUUGAAAAAUUAAAACUCUUCAAUAGCAAAGGAGGCUCCAAAGCAGGAGGGACAACACUUGAGUAUUCAGGGUCUCGGGAGAACAGCUGUGAAAAACUAGAGACACUUCCGAGCUUCGAGGAGAGUGACGAAAUUGAUGCCACAAAUCAGAAUGUGAACAAUCCAGGACCAAUGUCCAGCAGUCCCAAAAUUGCACUCAAGGGAAUUGCACAAAGAACUUUUAGCCGGGCACUGACUAAUAAGAAAAGUUCUCCAAAGUGUAAUGAGAAGGAUAAAGAGAAACAGAAAGAGAAAGAAAAAGAAAAGGAUAAAAGUAAAGACAUUGCAAAAAGAACAUCCAUCACGGAAAAGCUGGACGUAAAAGAGGAGCCAAAAGAAGAACAGACAGCACUAGCAACAACAGAGAUGCCAAAAAAGUCCUCAAAGAUUGCAAGCUUUAUCCCUAAAGGAGGAAAGCUGAAUAGUGCCAAGAAGGAGGCCUCUGCCCCUUCGCACAGUGGAAUACCAAAACCAGGAAUGAAAAACACCACAGGGAAAUCCUCAAGUGCCCCGGUGUCUGCAAAAGAAAGUGAGAGAAGCCGCUGUGGGAAACCUGGCUCAGGGCUCUCUCAUCAGAAGACUCAGCUAGAUAGCAGGAAUUCCAGUUCCUCUUCAAGCUUAGCCUCUUCAGAAGGAAAAGGAAUAGGAGGUCUCAACAGUAGCAACAGCAGCCAAGCUGUCAAUGGACCAGCAGCUACAACACAAACUACAGGAAGCAAUACUGUGAGUGUUCAGCUACCUCAUCCCCAACAGCAAUAUAACCACCCGAACACUGCCACAGUAGCUCCAUUUAUGUACAGAUCACAGACAGACAACGAAGGGAAUGUAACAGCUGAGGCCAGCACAGGAGGGGUCAGCAUGGAUUCGGCGCUUUACGUCAAAACUGGACAGCCUGGGCUCGAAGACCUCUCAGGAGAGGAUCCAGAAACUCGGCGAUUACGAACUGUGAAGAACAUUGCCGAUCUUCGACAGAACUUAGAGGAAACCAUGUCCAGUUUACGGGGAACCCAGGUCACUCACAGCACGCUGGAAACUACAUUUGACACCAAUGUCACUACCGAAAUAAGCGGUCGCAGCAUUCUCAGCUUGACAGGAAGACCAGCACCUUUAUCGUGGAGACUGGGACAGUCCAGCCCCCGCCUUCAGGCAGGUGAUGCUCCAUCAAUGGGAAACGGAUAUCCCCCAAGAGGGAAUGCCAGCCGCUUCAUUAACGCCGAGUCGGGACGUUAUAUGUAUUCAGCACCUUUGCGGAGACAGCUCGCAUCCCGCAGUAGUAAUGUCUGCCAUGUGGACAUCUCUGACAAGGGAAGUGAUGAAAUAGAUCUGGAAGGCAUUACCAUGGAUGCCACGGGCUACAUGAGUGAUGGAGAUGUGCUGGGCAAGAAUAUCCGAACUGAUGAUAUCACAAGUGGGUAUAUGACUGAUGGUGGUCUGGGCCUUUACACUCGAAGAUUAAACCGGCUGCCUGAUGGGAUGGCUGCAGUACGAGAGACGAUGCAGCGUAAUACUUCACUGGGACUGGGAGAUGCUGAUAGCUGGGAUGACAGCAGCUCUGUCAGCAGUGGGAUCAGUGACACCAUAGAUAAUCUCAGUACUGACGACAUUAACACUAGCUCUUCUAUCAGCUCCUAUGCCAACACACCUGCCUCCUCCCGAAAAAACUUAGAUGCACAGACUGAUGCAGAAAAACAUUCCCAGGUUGAGCGGAACUCCUUAUGGUCUGGUGAUGAAGUCAAGAAAUCAGACGGAGGAUCAGAUAGCGGCAUAAAAAUGGAGUCAGGAUCUAAAUGGAGGCGGAAUCCGUCUGAUGUGUCUGAUGAAUCUGAUAAAAGCACUUCUGGUAGGAAGAACACUGUUAUUUCACAGACGGGUUCCUGGCGACGGGGCAUGUCAGCUCAGGUUGGCAUUACCACACCAAGGACUAAAUCUUCAACCACCUCAGGCACCUUAAAGACACCUGGAACAGGGAAAACUGAUGACGCCAAGGUAUCAGAAAAGGGUAGACUAUCUCCUAAAGCUGGACAUGUUAAACGUUCCCCAUCAGAUGCAGGACGCAGCAGUGGUGAUGAAUCCAAAAAGCUUCCCACAAGUAACUCUAGAACAACUGCUGCUAAUGCUAAUACAUUUGGAUUUAAGAAACAGAGCGGGUCAGCUGUAGGCAUGACUAUAAUUACUGCCAGUGGGGCAACUAUCACCAGUAGAUCAGCUACCCUGGGAAAAAUCCCAAAGUCAUCUGGACUCAUGGGUAGGACCCCUGGUCGGAAGACUAGUGUUGAUGGCUCUCAGAACCAGGAUGAUGGCUACUUAGCGCUUAGUGCCCGAACUAAUCUUCAGUAUCGUAGUUUACCCCGGCCCAGUAAAUCCAGUAGCAGAAGUGGAGCUGGGAAUAGAUCUAGUACAAGUAGCAUAGACUCCAACAUAAGCAGCAAGUCAGCUGGGUUGCCUGUCCCUAAAAUGAGAGAGCCGGCCAAGGUAAUUCUUGGAAACUCUCUGCCAGGAUUAGUCAAUCAGACUGAUAAAGAGAAAGGGAUUUCGUCUGACAACGAAAGCGUGGCCUCAUGUAAUUCUGUUAAAGUGAACCCUGCGUCACAGACUGCUUCUAGUGGAGCUCAAAGUACUCACCAGCAAGGAGCCAAGUACCCUGAUGUGGCCUCUCCCACUUUGCGCAGACUUUUUGGUGGAAAGCCUAGUAAACAAGUUCCCAUCACAACAGCGGAAAAUAUGAAAAAUUCAGUGGUCAUCUCCAAUCCUCAUGCCACUAUGAACCAACAGGGUAAUCUCGAUUCACCAUCUGGCAGUGGUGUGCUGAGCAGUGGGGGCAGCAGUCCUCUAUAUAGUAAAAACACAGACAUGAACCAAUCUCCACUAGCUUCUAGUCCCAGUUCAGCACAUUCAGCUCCUUCCAACAGUUUAACGUGGGGUACCAACGCAAGUAGCUCUUCUGCUGUUAGCAAGGAUGGCAUUGGAUAUCAGUCUGUCAGCAGUCUUCAUACCAGCUGUGAAUCCAUUGACAUCUCUCUGAGCAGUGGAGGUGGGCUGAGCCAUAACUCCUCCAGUGGCUUGAUUCCAGCCUCCAAAGAUGAUUCCUUGACUCCCUUUGUCCGAACCAACAGUGUUAAGACUACAUUGUCUGAAAGGUAUACUCCUUCAUCCCAACUUCGUAAUCAAGAAGAUGCAAAAGAAUGGCUACGGUCACAUUCAGCAGGAGGCCUUCAGGAUACUGCUGGCAAUUCUCCAUUUUCAUCUGGAUCCAGCAUAACAUCACCCUCUGGAACUAGAUUUAACUUCUCCCAGCUUGCAAGCCCAACCACUGCCGCCCAGAUGAGCUUGUCAAACCCAACUAUGCUGCGGACGCACAGCCUUUCCAACGCAGACGGUCCUUACGACCCCUACAGUGACACACGCUUCAGGAACAGCUCAAUGUCCCUGGAUGAGAAAAGCAGGACCAUGAGCCGCUCUGGCUCAUUCCGUGAUGGCUUUGAAGAAGUGCAUGGUUCUUCUCUCUCUUUGGUAUCCAGCACAUCUUCUAUUUAUUCGACACCUGAAGAGAAGUGUCAGUCAGAGAUUCGCAAGCUACGAAGAGAGUUGGAUGCAUCCCAAGAAAAAGUGUCAGCUCUGACAACUCAGUUGACUGCCAAUGCUCACCUUGUGGCAGCAUUUGAGCAGAGUCUGGGAAACAUGACCAUUAGACUGCAGAGCCUGACAAUGACAGCUGAGCAAAAGGAUUCAGAACUGAAUGAGUUAAGGAAGACUAUCGAACUGCUGAAGAAGCAAAAUGCUGCUGCCCAGGCUGCCAUUAAUGGAGUCAUCAACACACCUGAGCUCAACUGCAAAGGUGCUGGAGCUGCUCAGCCCACAGACCUGCGGAUCCGAAGGCAGCACUCUUCAGAUAGCGUCUCUAGUAUUAACAGUGCAACCAGUCACUCCAGUGUGGGAAGCAACAUCGAAAGUGAUUCAAAGAAAAAGAAAAGGAAGAACUGGUUACGCAGCUCCUUCAAGCAAGCUUUUGGUAAAAAAAAAUCUCCCAAGUCAGCAUCUUCUCAUUCAGAUAUUGAGGAGAUGACCGAUUCUUCGUUACCUUCAUCACCAAAGCUACCGCACCAUAACUCAACUGUUGCAACACCAUUGCUGAGAGCUUCUCAUUCCAAUUCUCUUAUUUCUGAAUGCACUGACAGUGAAGCUGAAACAGUCAUGCAGCUACGCAAUGAGCUAAGAGACAAAGAGAUGAAGUUGACUGAUAUUCGUCUGGAAGCCCUUAGCUCUGCUCAUCAGCUUGACCAGCUUCGGGAGGCGAUGAACAGAAUGCAGAGUGAGAUUGAAAAAUUAAAAGCAGAAAAUGAUCGGCUGAAAUCUGAAAACCACGGCAGCUGUAGCAGGGCUCAGUCUCAAGUUUCCAUUUCAUCCUCCCCAAGACAUUCAGUGGGUCUCUCUCAACACAGUUUGAACCUCACGGAGUCAACCAGUCUCGACAUGCUGUUAGAUGACCCUGGCGAUGGCUCUGCUCGGAAAGAAGGAGGCAGGCAUGUUAAAAUAGUUGUCAACUUUCAGGAUGAAAUAAAAUGGAAGGAGGAUUCCAGGCCCCGCACCUUCCUCAUCGGCUGCAUCGGAGUCAGUGGCAAGACCAAAUGGGAUGUUCUGGAUGGUGUUGUUAGACGGUUGUUUAAGGAGUAUAUCAUCCAUGUGGAUCCAGUGAGUCAGCUGGGACUGAAUUCAGACAGUGUCCUGGGCUAUAGCAUUGGAGAAAUCAAGCGCACAAAUAGUGCAGAGACACCUGAGCUGCUGCCCUGCGGCUACCUGGUGGGAGAAAACAACACCAUUUCAGUUACUGUCAAAGGUAUCUGUGAGAACAGUUUGGACUGCCUGGUGUUUGAAUCGCUGAUCCCAAAGCCUAUACUGCAGCGCUACGUCUCUCUCUUGAUGGAACAUAGACGGAUUAUCUUGUCUGGCCCUAGUGGCACUGGUAAAACAUACCUGGCAAAUCGUCUCUCUGAGUAUAUGGUCCUUAGAGAGGGCAGGGAGUUGGCUGAUGGAAUUAUUGCAACCUUCAAUGUGGACCAUAAAUCUAGUAAGGAACUCCGCCAAUACCUGUCGAACCUAGCAGACCAGUGUAAUAGUGAAAAUAAUGCUGUGGAUAUGCCUCUUGUAAUCAUUUUGGAUAAUUUGCAUCAUGUUAGCUCCCUGGGAGAGAUCUUUAACGGGCUUCUAAACUGCAAGUACCACAAAUGUCCGUAUAUUAUUGGCACAAUGAACCAAGCCACCUCCUCAACACCUAAUCUUCAACUUCACCAUAAUUUCAGAUGGGUGCUAUGUGCUAACCACACUGAGCCAGUCAAGGGCUUUCUUGGUCGUUUCUUGAGAAGAAAACUAAUUGAAACAGAAAUCAGUGGCAGGAUGAGAAAUGCAGAGCUGGUUAAAAUCAUUGAUUGGAUUCCCAAGGUCUGGCAACAUCUGAACAAAUUCUUGGAGGCUCACAGCUCCUCUGAUGUUACUAUUGGUCCACGGCUCUUCCUCUCUUGUCCAAUAGAUGUAGAUGGUUCUAGAGUUUGGUUUACCGACUUGUGGAACUACUCCAUCAUCCCAUAUCUCUUGGAGGCAGUUAGAGAAGGGCUACAGCUGUAUGGGAGGAGAGCUCCCUGGGAGGAUCCUGCCAAAUGGGUAAUGGACACUUAUCCCUGGGCAGCCACCCCACAGCACCAUGAGUGGCCUCCUCUACUACAGCUGCGGCCUGAAGAUGUGGGGUUUGAUGGCUACUCAAUGUCAAGGGAAGGCUCAAGCAGCAAACAAGUUCCAGUGAGUGAUGCUGAAGGAGAUCCUUUGAUGAACAUGCUAAUGAGACUGCAAGAAGCAGCCAACUACUCAAGUCCCCAGAGUUAUGACAGUGACUCUAACAGCAACAGCCAUCAUGACGACAUCCUUGAUUCAUCUCUGGAGUCAACGUUGUGAUCUUCAUCAGAUAGAAAUAAGGUGUUUCCAUUAUUGCUGUCCCACGUUGCAAGAAUCAUCAUGACAAACUCAUGAAAAGAACAUGUUCCUGGGCUGGGCUGGGCUGGUAUCUCAGUAUUAGAGCUGCAAGAACAAGACACUUUUGAGUCAGUCUUGAACCUGGGUGCAGGCAACCCAAACCACCUUUGUAUUGUUUUUCUUUUUACAGUGAGAACUGCACUAUUCCUUUGGGGUUUUUUUUUCUGUUUAGUUGCUGUAAGCUCUCAUGCCUAAGAUACUGAAGACAGUAAAAAUAAUCAUGAUUUUAAAAGAAAAAGUAAAAGGAGGGGGGAACUUCACAGCUAUGAAGCAAACAGCUUUGUGCCAUGUACUGUUCAGACAGAGAGGGGAGAGGAAAUUUUUGCCUAUGCUGCUUCUGACCAAACACAUUUAGGUGAGGGCUGGACUUUUACCAAUCAGCUUCACAGAUUAAACUCAGCAUUGUAUAGUUCUGGUGCUAUAACAAUAUUACUUGCCUUGGUAAUAAUAUUCCAUGAAAGGCAAAGGUGCAAAACAAGGAAGUCUGAAAAAAUAUAAAAAAGAGGGGAAAAGAAAAAGCGCUGCUCUCCUUGCCAGUCUGAGACCGUGGCUUUCUUUCAUUGUGUGUUUAUAAAAAUAUACUAUAUAUAAAUAGGAAUAUAUAUAAAUAUAUAUACAGUCUGAACAAAUCAGGUUUUUUCAAGCACUGUGUAACAAACAAUCCUACUAAAUGUUAAAGAUCAGGUAGCCCUUUGGUAUUCUGGGCCCGAUUCUCCUCCCACUUAGAUCCAUGUAACUCAAGUGACUUCAGUGGUGGUGUACGUGACUUGCAGUGACGAGAGUGACUGUGACGCCUCCGCGGGAGUCGGUGGAAGGGCCGUGCCCCUGCAGUCCUACAGCUGAGACGGAGCUGAGGCAGCCUGCAGGCACGGUCGGCCCCGCGCACGGAGGUCAGCCGCACCCCUGGAGGGACUGAUCAAACUUUCCGUUUUUAAUUCUUGCCAUGAAAUGUUACAGCUGUUUUCUGAAAACUUUUUUUUUUUUUUUUUUGGGGGGGGGGGUCAGAGUUUUUGUUCUGAUCAGCACAACCAUAAAUGGGUUAAUUAAAACUCAGCUCUGUGACAGUUCCAGUGCUACUCUGGCAACAACAUUUACUUCCAUGACUACUACUCUUAACUGCAGAAAAUAGUAUUUUAGCAGUAUCUAGGUCUGGAAAAAAGGAGGGAAGGUACUGUGUCUGUAAAGUCUUAGCUGGGCCAUGCUCUUGAGUUUUGGCAGAGCCGUGAACCUGCUUUUGUUUCUCCUCCUCUCUGAACACGCACACCUACACUGUCAGUGUUAAGGCUUGUACUUCUGUUGGGGAACAAGAACACCUCGCAAUGAAUUGCACUUUCCUUUCUUACGGAAGCAAAUGCUUACAACACCAUCACCACAAAGUCAGCUGUCUCAGGCUGUACCUCAGCAAGAAUUUCAGUCCUCAAUAUUGAUUUGUACUAGCCUUUCCAGCUAUCUUUUGGUGCUGAAUUUUAAAGCGAUGCCUUAUUUUGUACUAAUUGUGUUGAUUGAAUUAGUGCUGUAUAUUAUGGGAUUUUAUUUAAAUAAACAAACAGGGCUAAAGUCAUCUCUUGGAAUAUCAUAAGUUGCUGUGAAUAUUGUUUAUACGAGAUAUUAGAAUUUGUUUAAAUGUGACAAAAAAGGAGGGAAAUGAGAAAACUUUUCAGGUUCGUAUCAAUCCACAGCUAACAGAUCACUGAAGAGCUGUUUUAUCCAUGCAGGGGAAAAAAAGCUUUUCAACAAUAAUAAAUGCCAUCAUUAAUAAAUUACAGGAAUAUGCUGGGUUUUUUCAAUGUACAGAAAGAAAACUUAUUAUAAACACUUUUUUAAGAGCUUGUUAAUCCUUGUGGGUUUAAAGUAAUGCAACAGACAAGUUCAUGCUUCUGUGACUCAGUGAGAGGAUAGUUUUAUUAUACCUCAUGACUUUCUGUGACAUGACUGUACUUAUUUUGUCUUAUUGAGCUGGUCUUGAAUCUACUCCUGUUACAACUUUUAAGUGCUGAUGAUUUUUUUUUAAGAAAAAUAUUGUAAAAGAAAAAUUAAAAUAUUUUAAUGAUGGGGGAGGCAGAAAGAGCUUGGUGUAGUUACUGUUUUAAGCUUGUGAACUCUAUUUGAUUAUUUCACUGAAUGAAAUACCAAGGCUUACUUGGCCAAUGUUCCUAGUCCAGUUCUUGGUACUGUAAAAAUGGGAUAAAUCUGUAUGGAAUCAAAUACACAGCAUGCUGCUGAUGAUUUGAAGAAAGGUUAAUUUUUUUCAGCAGUCUUGACAAUUCUGCUUCCCAGCACUGACUUUACCUGCUACUACUGUGAAUCUGGGUACCUAAUCCUCCAACUGAAUCCAUGCAGAUAGAGCGUGUGCCUGUAAAAAAUUCCAGUUGCAGGGCUAGGGCUUUAAAUAUACUUAAUAUCCUAGAAAAUUUCUCAGCUAACCUUUAACUGAGUCCUAUAAGACAUGUCUAAAAUGGUGUUUUAUUUGUGAGGAAUGGGGUAUUUUUUUCUCAUUUUUAAUCCUGUGCUUAAGCUCAGGAAAAAAUUUCUGUUGCUCUAUUACUAUUUUAUUGACACUAGUUUGGAUUACAGUAAAAGACAAUUUUGAGUAGGCUAGUCAUUUUAAGCAUCACAAUAUUCAGUGUCUUUUCUGAAACUUCGGGAAGCAGGGUUACCUGUUGUGCACAUUUCUUACUUUUUUUUUUAAAUCAGGACUUUUCAUAGCUUAAGUCUUUCUUUAAGUGGCUUUGCUCUCAUUUAAGGCUUUUUUCAAAAUGCUUCAUUUUUUGCCUUUUUUUUUCCUAUGAAGUUGGCUUGUUUAAAAAAAAUAAAAACAAGAAAAAAAUGCAAGAUUCUAUGCAACAUUCAUGUUGAGUUAUAAAUUGAAAGUAUGAACAGUUUUCUUUCUGUCAGAACUGCCAAGAAUUAUACAGGCCAUAAAUGAGAUGUGGUUUAUUUGGGGAAGGGAAGGGAGGGGGUUGGUUAGCUUUUUUGUACAUUUUGGAAAAAAGUAAGCUGAUAUUUCAUUGUUGAUGCUUAACUUCGAUAUUAUGUGUAUUAAAUCUUGUCUAAAUGUGGCAGUUUUCUUUCAAGAAAAAUACAAAAACAAAACAAAAAAAUCUUUCUUUGUGGAUAUUAAAUGGAAGGUUGCUGUUUUGAUCUAGUCGUUUCCAGUGGAACAGUUUAUGAAAUAUGUUCUAUAAGAUGUACAUUUUUUCAUUGUAACAUAGAAAUGUAAAUAUUUGAUUAAAAGUGCUGCAUUUUGAUGAAUUUUUUCUAGCCAUUUUUAAAGAGAAAGACUAGGAAUUGAGUAUUUUGUGUACGUUUAAGAUGUUUUCCAUUUGCUCCUCUCCUAUUUAAUUUUCAGUUCUCAUUUAGGAUUGGAAUUUGUGAAUGGUCUGUUUGAGAUCAUGCUCCCCUUUCUCACUCUCCCUGUUUCUCCCUCUUCCCCGCCCCUGUGUCAUGGAGAAUAAAGCUGAUGAUUGUACCAGUCUUAAAUUAUUCAUGAUUCAAUAAAAUUGAUGCUUAUUUAUUCAGA